AUGACCACACCCUCUUGCUUUGCAGUACUUGAUCAAGGUGGCAACAUUUUAAAGAAAAUGAAACCUCAUACUUCUACUAUAUCCGAUGAUGUGGCUAUCACGUGCAUUGCAGAGACGGUGGAUGUUUUAAAUUUUGCGAAUUUAAUUUCCACUUUAACAAUCAAUGGAGAUACUCAGAUUUGGACUGUCAUACUCUCCACUAACAACAACGGUGAUGUUAAUAAAUCAUCAACGUUGAAAUUAAUCGAGAGUCUAUCUAGCAAGCGAUUUCAGAAUUUUCACCAACCAACCUUCUUUGGCAGGAAGUACUUUCUAGAAUUCUUCCUGCAAGCCAUGCAAGGCUCUCUUCACUUCUCCACCACCACCACCCCACCUGCACCCUCAAUCUCCAAACAUUCACCAUUAAUCAAAUGCAAAAUCAUCAUUAACCCUUCCAAGAAAAGUACUGUUAGUCCCAUAAAACUGCCAACGUCACCACCAGUACCAUUGCCUGAAGUGGCAACACCAGUUCUCGAAUCUGAACCAACAUCCUUCCCGAUAAAAAAACCUAGCUUCCCAACUCAUCUAAACCCUUUUCAAAGUCUUGUAGCCGCUGUUUUAGACAAAAUUGAAGCCUCACUAAUUGUACCGUUUGAGAAAAAUCUUGUAUUGCCUAAAACGGUUGACCCAGCGGUUCAAAUAUCAGGUAAUUUCGCGCCGGUUCAAGAGUGUCCGGUUCGUCACAGUUUGGAAGUUGAGGGGCAGAUUCCUGAUGCCGUACGAGGUGUUUACUUGCGCAACGGCGCUAAUCCUCUGCAUGCACCCACAGGUGGACAUCACUUGUUUGAUGGCGAUGGUAUGAUCCAUGCCGUUACCUUGGGCGUCGGAAACCGAGCCAGCUAUAGCUGUAGAUACACCCGCACAAGCCGGCUCGAGCAGGAAGCCGAACUGGGAAGGCAUUUGUUUCCGAAGCCAAUUGGUGAGUUGCAUGGUCACUUGGGUUUGGCUCGGCUGGCUCUUUUCAUGGCUCGAGCUGGAGUCGGUUUGGUUGAUGGGACACGUGGCAGUGGUGUAGCCAAUGCUGGGCUUGUUAAUUUCAACGGUAGAUUAUUGGCCAUGUCAGAGGAUGAUCUUCCUUAUCAUAUUAAGAUCAAGAGCGAUGGCGAUCUUGAAACGAUCGGACGGUUCAAUUUUGAUGGUCAGCUUGAUUGUCCUAUGAUUGCACACCCUAAGGUGGACCCCAUAACUGGUGAGCUCCAUGCACUUAGUUACAACGUUACUAAGAAACCCUAUCUGAAGUACUUUAGAUUUGAUACAUGUGGUAAGAAAUCACGUGACUUGAACGUUACGUUGGACCAACCAACCAUGAUUCAUGACUUUGCGAUAACAAAAAAUUUUGUGUUGAUCCCGGAUCACCAAGUUGUGUUCAAGUUAUCCGAAAUGAUUCGGGGCGGUUCACCGGCAAUUUAUGAUCAAAACAAAACUUCGCGGUUUGGAAUUUUGUCAAAAACUGAUGUUGAUGAGUCAGGAAUGCAGUGGAUUGAUCGGGUCGUGCGUGGACCCCCCGAUUCCAUCUUCAACCAAUCCGAAUGCCCCCUCCGGAGUGAGUUGUCAGAAAUCCGGUUGAAUUUGACAACAGGAGGGUCGACUCGACGGGUCAUUGUGUCGGGCAUGAAUUUGGAAGCGGGUCAAGUAAAUCGAGGACUUCUGGGUCAAAAAACCCGGUUUGUUUACUUGGCAAUAGCAGAACCUUGGCCAAAGUGUAGUGGAAUUGCAAAAGUUGAUUUAGAGACUAAUGAGGUGACAAAAUUUAUGUACGGUGCAGGUAGGUUUGGUGGUGAGCCAUGUUACGUGCCCAAAAAUGGAAAUAUUGACAGUAAUGAAAUAAGUAGUGAUGAUGAUGGUGAAGGGUUUAUACUGGGCUUUGUGAGAGAUGAGAAAAAAGAGAGGUCCGAAUUGGUGAUAGUGAAUUCAUCAAGCAUGGAGCAAGUAGCUUCGGUGAAAAUUCCCACUAGAGUGCCCUACGGGUUCCAUGGUACUUUUGUUAAUUUGGGAACAUGA